UGGGAUAGGUCUCCCCAAAUUGAGGCUGCGCUCGAAACGAUCAUGCGAUUGAAUGACAAGCGCGUCAUGCUUGUCUUCCUCCUCUUCUGUUCUGUGCGAUCAGUGGCUCUGUGUUCCGCAAUCCCCUGGGAUACUGUACCGCCCUCGAUGGCUCUGGUAUCGGCGAUUUGCUCACAAUGAAUGGCUGCUUGUAGCGAGGAAAAGCGGGGAGAGAGAGCGCUGCGUCCCCUCCAUUGAAACGCUCUGCAUCAACUUCCCAGCGAGGGGACAUUGUGGUGGUGUGCCUAGGCGCACCAUGGCCCAGACCCUCCAGAUGGCGAUUCCUAACUUUGGCAACAAUGUUCUUGAGUGUCUGAAUGAGCAGCGGCUGCAAGGUCUCUACUGCGACGUCUCAGUGGUGGUCAAGGGCCAUUCAUUCAAGGCCCAUCGGGCUGUGCUGGCCGCCAGCAGCUCUUAUUUCCGGGACCUUUUCAGCAGCAGCAAUAAUGGCGGAGGUGGUAGUGGCAAUGGGAAGAGCCCCACCAUAGUGGAGCUACCCCCAGCUGUGCAACCCCAGAGUUUCCAGCAGAUAUUGGCCUUCUGCUACACGGGCCGUCUCAGCAUGACAGUGGGGGACCAGUUCCUUCUCAUGUACACCGCUGGCUUCCUUCAGAUCCAACAGAUUAUGGAAAAAGGCACUGAAUUCUUUCUUAAGGUCUCCUCUCCCAGCUGCGAUUCCCAGGGCCUACACACUGAGGAGGCACCACCCUCCGAGCCUCAGAGCCCUGUCACACAGACCAGUGGGAGUGCUACCCGGCCUGCAUCCUGCAUGACUCCACUUCCCCUGGUGUCGCGGGUGAAGACGGAGCAGCCGGCUAGCCAACCUGAGACAGCGUCUCCUUACUCAGUGGUCUGCACACCAGUGGCCAAGCGGCUGUGGGAAGGGGGCAGCAGCCGGGAUGGAGGCGGAGGAGGCUUAGGUGGAGGGGGAGGAGGAGGGGCCAGGAAAGCGGCCCGUUUUUCCCAGGAGGCAGUGCGUGGCAGCACCAUCCAGAGCUCUGGAGCACUGGGACUAGCCAUGGGCAUGGGAGCCAGCGGAACAAGCUUGACAGGCAUGGUGGCUUGCGGUGGGCUUAGCGGCAGUGGUGGCAUUAAUGGGAACUCUACAACGGGUCUUGGCAUGUCAGAGGGUGCCAGCCCCGGCACCAUGAGCGCCUAUGCCAGUGACUCACCCAUCAGCUACCAUGAUGAUGAGGAAGAGGAGGAGGGGACAGAUGAAAGUGCUGAGGAGCAGUACAGGCAGAUCUGUAACAUGUAUACCAUGUACAGCAUGCUCAACGUGGGUGCUGCAGCUGCUGGUGAGCGUGUGGAGGCCCUGCCGGAUCACACGGAAACACGGGGUCGGAUGCGAGGCCGAGACCUUACAUGUCUCCCCGCAGAACUUGUCACUCAGAUAGGCAACCGCUGCCACCCCAAACUGUAUGAGGAGGGAGACCCUGCAGAGAAAUUAGAGCUUGUCUCAGGUACUUCUGUGUACAUAUCACGAGCCCAGCUAAUGAACUGUCAUGUGAGUGCGGGGACCAGACACAAGGUGCUGCUAAGGAGGCUGCUGGCUGCUUUCUUUGACAGGAAUACUCUGGCCAACAGUUGUGGAACAGGCAUCCGCUCCUCCACCAAUGACCCUAGUCGCAAGCCCCUGGACAACAGAGUGCUGCAUGCAGUCAAAUUUUAUUGCCAGAACUUUGCCACCAGCUUCAAAGAGAGUGAAAUGAAUGCCAUCGCCGCCGACAUGUGUACCAAUGCGCGGCGUGUGGUACGCAAGAGCUGGAUCCCCAAGCUGAAGCUGCUGAUGGCUGAGAGCGACGCCUACUCUGCUUUCCUCCCUGAUGCUGUUAAGAUGGAGGACGACACCCUGGGGGCGGAUCCAUCUUUCGAUCCCGCCUCAUUGGAGGCCGCUGGCAGUGCUGGCGUCGAGUCAGGUGGCUCUUCGGGUGAAUCGCUACCAGGUGUGGGUGGGGAUGGUGGGCCAUUGUUUUGAGCAUCAUGUCUGGGGAAAGUUGAAAUAUAAUGACAUAUAUGCCAGUAUUUCCCUAUUCUGCUCACCCCCUCACUCUUUGGCCCACACUGAUCUCUCACACCUGACUGUCUAUACUAUGUUGCUAGGGUAAACAGUGGGUAUUACCCUACUGUAACCAGGAAGUGAAAAAUAUCAUUUUUGCUUUAUGACUGUACAAUGGGGUUCGUUGAGAAAGGGGGAGAUGAGAGGGUGUUUUGUUUCCUCACACCCGCCCUCUGCAAUCCUUUGUCUUUUUUAGGUGUGUAAGCGCAUCUACUGUCGCAUAUUAAAUACAUUCCCUGAAGUGGGGGUGGAGCGGUGGGAGUUGCCAGUGCAUUUUGAGGAGGGAGGGAUGACUGGCCGGACAGAUUGGGAGUUAAGGUGGUGAGGAUAUUGAAUGUACUGUGAGUGUCAGUGGCAUUUCUCUCUGUGCCAGCCUGACAAAAUGUAUUCCAGCCUUGGACAAGUGACUAAAAUUUAAAAAGAAAAUUAAUAACACUACCGGCUCCUUACCCUAUUCGCCCCCUUGCAGCUUCCACCCAUCACCCCGUAAUUUUUCCCCUGCGUCCCACCACACCACCCUUCUGACCAGAGAAAAUCGAUCACGCCCGAGUGCACCAUUGUGCUAUGUCUUAUGUCUCAUCUUUCUGUCUUUUGAAAAUUUAGCUUGUUUCUCUUUCUGUAACCUGACAACGAUCCAGAGAGGAGGGGAAAAGCUUUUUACUGCGAUAAUUGUGAAGAAAACUUAAUGGGAACAAGUAAUUAAAGAUGGUCAUAUUUUUAGAAGACAAAAUAUAUUUAUACAAGUGCAUAUGCCUACACCUGGUGUGAGCAGAGAGAGCAAGAGGGAUUGUUUUAAAAUCUCGAUCAUUGUGUUUUUUUGUAUUUUAAGCAGCAGUAUUGCCAAGAGAGGUCUUGUCAAAUAAGGAAAAGUGCUAUUUUUGCAUAAAAAUGUGGUAUAAUGAUAGAGUAGUCUUAACAUAAGACCCUUAGACAUUUAUUUUUAUCUUUAUUUUGACAGUGCACAGAGCGAUGGAAAGAGCAGUUGAUCUGCUAAAUUUGAAGCAUUUCAUCUUCUGUUCACUAGCCUAUAAGAAAUUAUGAAACCAAUUUGGAUGGCGUGACUGUUGUCUGUGGUAACUAUUUCUUGGAAAUUUGUGAAGGUGCAGGUAAAGGUUUGCCAGCCCAGCUAAACCGUUUAGUUAAAAUUAUGUCGCUUAAUUGUAGACAUAGCAAUCUUCUAUCAACCUGACUACUCAGCUAGCCUCUUCUUUGUGUUUGAAUUAAUUACAUAAAGACACUACUGACCGUUUGUGCAUGUGCAAAAGUCACAGGGAAUAUUAGUGGAAUAUUGGAAUGUGCCUUUCACUGAAUCCGUAAACAGAGGCCUGGUGGGUAGAGUGAUGCCAAGGAGGAGGCAGUUUUGAUUGAAGCAAAUACUUAAUAGGCUAUGGUCCAUGUGAGCGGGUAUGUGUGAGAUGUGGUUCUUUGCUAAAGAAGGACAGUCUCUUUGAAUUGUGUGGUUGUGUGUUAUGUGUUCAUUCACUAUUUUAAUGUAUUUCCAUGUUGUUAUACCACCUUGUCAAUAUGGAAGUUCAAAAUGACUGACAGUUUUACUUUUGAGUUGUAAAUGAUUUAGUACCUUCCACGAAAGCUAGAGGGGAGGUUUCCGCACCUUACUGAGACUAACUAGUGGCUCAUGCACCUUUUAGGAAGGGGGUGCUAUGUUGUUGAACCCCUUUAGCUGUUGAGGUUUUUCACAUCUGCCUGUUUUUUCUUGUACACGAGUGGCACAAACUCCUAAUGUAAAUAAUUAAGAAGACUGUUGAGCUGAACCCCAAGUGUUCUUGACUUCCGUUGCUGGAUGCUUGUGAUUACGAUUAGUGUGGGAGAGUCCUGACCACGCCUUUUGUAUUAAUUUUCUCUUUUUUGUACAUGAUUUUGUCUUGCUGAAAUAUCAGAGAUGUCAACAUUUAACAUUUUCACAUGCAUGUUUGUGUUUGAGAAGCUUUUUGAAUGCAUGUUCGCCUGUCGAUCUAAGGUCAAUAAAGGGGUUUCAUUAUUCCAGUUGCAGGAUGGUAACGGUGACAAGGUGUUUGGUCUGCCUUAGGUAAGCAUUAGUGUUGUUUGUAGGGAGACUUUUACUGCUCUCCCAGACAACUCUGAUUGCUUUCUCCUUCUAAAAGUAUAUGUACAAAAACAUUUUGACUUGGGAAGCUAGAUAUUGCUUAUUAUCUAAAGAAGCUGAGUCAGUUUGCCAGUUCUUACAGAAUGGAAAUGAAAAUCAGAAAAAAGCUACACUGAGCUGCAUCUGGUUUUCCUAUAUAGGUCAAAAUUGAGGAUUACUUAGACAGCUUCACCAGGAGAAGUAGACAGAACAAAAAUGCCUUGAGUUUAUGCAAGAAAUUUAAUGGUAACAAAACCUCAGUAAGCUUUGCACUUGACUGUAGAAGCCACACUGACAUAGACAACACCCCCAACUUCCCCCCCAAAGUACCUUUGAAGGGGUGUUUGUAGUUUUGCUUCCCAUCUUAGACAUCAUGCAGCUGCAGUCAUGCUUCAGCUCCACUGUCAAAUUUAUUCAUGUUAUUUAGAGAGAAAGGCAAAACAGUGGCAAAAAUAUUUUUGGGUAAUUAAAAGUUUGAAUAAUAAUGCAAUCGUGCAGACUUGCCUCAGUCAGUGAUUCUCAGCUGGUUUUAUAUCGGACUCAACAUGUAAAUUCAUGCAACUCAAAGUAAGUCCACACAACAUUUUUUGCCCCACCUAUUCUUCUUCUUCAUCACCAUCAUCAUCAUCAUCUUCUUCUUCUUCUUCUUCUUCUCCUUCCUCUUUUUUGUCUGACAAGAUUUAAUGGACUUAUACAGUUGUAAUGAAUAAAUUCCAUGCUUGUACAACAUGUGGUAUCAUAUUUAAAGUGCCAUCACUACAAAAUCAUUUUGGAAUCUGUUAACUUUUAAAAUAAAUGAAAAAGAGACAAUGCACAGCUGCAGCAGUUUGUGCAAUUUAGAGCUAUGCUGAAGUCUGUCAAUUAAAACAGGGGAGCUUGGUGUUUCAGUCUUGAAAGAUAAGAUGAUAUGAGACAUAUGGAAGUUGGUCAGUGUUAACAGCUAAUCCAAUUUUGGAAUGUUACUCAGUUUGGUAAAAUAAACCAGCAUUUUAGUAUGUUUCUCAAAGGUUGGAAAUGUAUACAUUAUAACACCAAAAUUCCUAGUUAUUGGCUUUGUGUACAGAGUUAAACCACCAAGACACAUGUUUAGAGCCCGUAAGAAAGACCUCUGAAUUUAACUGAAAGAAAUAUUGAGACAUUUCAUCUAUGGCUUCAAUUAGACAGCCACAUAACACUUCCUACUAACUAUAAUUGAUUGUUUUAGCUAUGAAAUAGAGCAGAGUAUAAUCAGCAUAGCAAUGAAAGGAGAUGCUAUGAAUAGUAUAACAAAAGGAAUAAUGUAACCAAUAGGUAGUAACAGUAUAAAUCCAAGAACUCAGCCUUAAAACACACGAUAGUGAGCUCCCGAUCCAAUUUAUGUAAUUCACAUUUAGGAUAACUAUGCUUCAGCUUUGUAUAAAUUAAGACAGAUUAGAAUUACCUGGAAAACCUUUAGACCAAACACUUCUUUUUCUAAUCAACUCCCAAUGACUCUUACAUAGCAAAGCAAAAACUUAAAACUAGUAGCUUGUGGUGGAAGAGAAGGUGCAACGUCUACAGUAACAUUUGGAGUAAGAAACAAUAAGGGCACAUGAUCAUACUUUUAUCAUCAUUUUUAUUGUUAUUAUCAUUAUCAUUGUUAUAAUUUUUGAUUUUUUUUUUUUUUACAACACACACACACACACACACACACACACACACAAAAUAUCAGUCAGUAUGCAGAAUAGGACAGAGUUCGCGCAGAAUAAAGACGCAACAUAGCCGCAAAGCUCAUGAGUUAUAAAGUCAGGUCUCAUCAAGCAAUGUCAAAAAUGGCUUCCACACCUUCAGGAAAUAGGUUUGUGGAUUCCCUUUGUUAAAACGAAUCUGUUCCAUCUUAGAAAUAGAAAUCAUUCCAUUGAGCCACCUCCUGAAACAUGGGGCUGAUGGAGACUUCCAGUUUAAUAAUAUUACAUCUGGAGCUGUAACCAUGCCUGCCUUGGGAGCCUGUUUUUGGUGGGAGGGAAGGGCCGUCAUCCUGUCAGAGCAACAAAUAUUGCCAAAUUACCAUCUGGCUGCAUGUUUAUUUUAUAGUGUUUGGAAAUUUUGCUUGAAACAAUAACUGUGACCCACUCGGGCUCCAGGGUGCCAGCAUUCCUCCAAACAUCCAUGGUUGGGCUGAUAGAUGUCAAGCGUAGGCGGGUCAUACAAGCCACAAAGUCUCUCUGAAAGCACUGACGAGAAGCAAGUGAACCGCAAAUCAAACAGUCACAAACAAUACCUUGUCAUUAGCCCUCCUCUUUCCUUAGGAAGACAGAAAAAAGCUACCAUCACGACAGAACUGUGGAAUUACCAAGGCCUAAUCAGUUGCCAUGUAGCAGAUUUUUCUGUCCGAUAAUAGUGGGUGCAUCUAAAGCGUAUACACCACUCUGAGUCAUCAACUGCAUUUGAAAGAUCACAAAUGAAGCCACAUUUGUUCCAGAGAAACUGUUAGUCUACCUUUCAUAACGUCUUAGUAUGCAUAAAUGUGCUAUUCCUUAUGUGAAAUAUGUUAAAGCUCAUCGAGACAAGUGAAAAUGGUUAUAAAAUGCUUGCAAAGAUGAAAUCUGAGUCUAGCAGAGUCAAGCAGAAGCAGAAGAGCAACAACUAUGUGACCCGGCCUGAAUCCCUGUGACCCAAUUCUGGCCCGUGACCCACUGGUUGAGAAGCAAUGGCAUAGGUGCCAGUCAGUUCAAAGAUCAAAACGGCUGUGGUUACGUCAGAUCUGGAGAUAGCAUUCAGGGGCAACUGCACCUCAUACCAAACAAUGAAAUUCCACUUCUCAUGUCCAUAAAAUCUCUCAAAACAAACAGAAUACCGGCACUCACGGUUCAGUAGUCUUCAGUUUAUUGUGCGCAUGAAAUUUCAAGCUCAUACUAAAUUGAAGACUAUUGAACCGCGAGUGCCGGUGUUCUGUUUGUUUUGAUUCUUGUUGCAACCGUGCACCCGAUGCAGUGUAUACGAUUUUCAGCUAUGCACGCUUUCACUCUUACCAUAAAAAUCUCUCAGCCACAACCUGCAUGCACACUUUUCCAUCUGCGAUCGUUUCUGUGUGAGUGUUGAUGAGUUUUGUACUCCCCUGGCUGCGUUUGAGGACAGAGAGCUUUCACAAACUUGUUUUUCAGUAUGUCCACAGCAAACACUUUUUUCUGUACAUGUCAGCUUAUAUAUUUACAAACAUAGACCUACACACUUGAAUGGAUAAGGCGUGGCAUGGCAUGGGGAACCCUUUUUCACUAUACAGUACAUAAAUAAAUAUGAUUAUAUACAUGUAUAGAUAAAUACUGUAUAUUAUAUAUAGAGGCACACAUAGAGGUCAGAUUGUUUGUUGUGCACUCGCAGCAUGAGGUAUAUAUACAUAUAUAUCUACCAAGAAACAACGCUUUUUCAAAAUCUGUGCAGUAAUUGGUCUGCCCAUGUCUUUGCCCCUGCUCCUAGCCCUCUGUAACCCCUGUAGCGCCAGUGGACCUCCUAUACUGCUCAUCCUGGUCUUUGUGUUCCAAGUGCCAAUAACUUUGUGAAAGCCCUGUAACUGUGACCCAACAUUAUCAAAGGUAAUUGCACAUUAACGACUGUAAAAUAAAUAAAUAAAUAAAUAAAACUCAUAGAGAAAAUGUCAACAUGAAUUAAACAAUGAAUAUCUUAAUAAUAAAAAAAAAGAUUUGUAACAAUUUC